AUGACAUAUUUCACCAUGGAAAAUCGCUUGCCGACAUCCUCACUCACUGUCAUGUACGACAGUGUGUUUUACAACGAAGACAGCAAGAAGUUCCAAGCUUGGGUAUCGUCUGCCAUCAACCCCUGUGUCAUCAGCGAGCUUGAAGCCUUUGUCGCUCAACAGUUGAAUGACAGUGGUCCAGCAACAUUAGUGGAAAGGGCUGAGGGCUCCUAUAACAUGAUGUUUCGGUUCCGAGCCUUUAAUGGGAAUGACGUGGCCCUUCGAAUUCCGAAGCCGGGACAUACGCCUUUGGUUCUCGCCUCGGAGAAAGUGGCGAACGAAGUCGCGUGGAUGAGAUAUCUCAAGGAAAACACGAGCAUUCCCAUUCCACAUUUGUACAGCGCCAGCUCACAGAUGUCCAAAAACCUCUCACAAUUUGGAUUGCCCUUCAUGUUAAUGGACUUCGUCGAAGGCCACAACCUUCGCGACUUCCUGACGAAGCUGCCGGCGCCUGAGCAGCUGGCGAGCUUCUACCUCCAACUCAACCGCUUGCAUUUCAAAGAGAUUGGGUCUGUCGCCCAAGACCCUGUCUCGGGUCAGUGGAAAGUCACGCAACACCCGCUCACGAUGGACAUGCACCAGCUCCUGUUGGGCGUGCCCGACUAUCUGACUGGCGGAUGGCCCAGUAAGCCACUCCGGCGCGCUGGAGACUACUUUGACUUUAUCGCCGAUCAGCAACGUAUCCAGCUCUGGGAAUUGCGCAACCUAAACGUGUCUCAAGAUCGCGCGUCGACUUACGAUGCGGAACAGACCGCGAAGCUUGCUCGACACAGAUUCAAAGCCCGUGUAGGCUUCAAACAGCUUGUUGCCCUCUUCUGUAAACCCGGUGAUGACUUCGGUCCUUUCUUUCCUUUCAACCCGGACCUCGACCCGCGAAACAUGGUCAUCAACCCUGACAAUGGCCAGAUCACCGGCGUUUUCGAUCUUGAAUUUACCAAUGCUAUGCCAGCUCAGUUUGCAUGCGAUCCACCAUUAUGGCUGCAUAGGGUGCUUCCAGGGCAGUGCCUUUAA